UAGGAACUUACAAAAAUUAAGUGUAAAGAAGCCCAACUGAACUUGCAAAAUGGCAGGCUUCCUAGACAAUUUCCGUUGGCCUGAAUGUGAAUGUAUAGAUUGGGGUGAAAGAAGAAAUACAGUUGCUUCUGUGGUGGCUGGGGUCUUGUUUUUUACAGGCUGGUGGAUAAUGAUAGAUGCUGCAGUAGCUUAUCCUAAACCAGAACAAAUGAACCACGCAUUUCACACUUGUGGAGUAUUUUCCACCCUAGCUUUUUUCAUGAUAAACGCUGUAUCAAAUGCUCAAGUAAGAGGUGACAAUUAUGGUGAUGGAUGCUUAGGAAGAACAGGUGCUCGUGUCUGGCUCUUCAUUGGCUUCAUGUUGAUGUUUGCCUCACUUAUUGCUUCUAUAUGGAUCCUUUUUGGAGCAUAUGUUACCCAAAAUAUUAACGUAUACCCGGGAUUAGCUGUGUUUUUUCAAAAUGCUUUGAUAUUUUUUAGUACCCUUAUCUACAAAUUUGGAAGAACAGAAGAAUUGUGGGCCUAA